AUGUUAACAUAUUUGUCAUUGUCAUGUAAUACUUGUGGUAGUCUUUGUUUAUUAACACAAUUAAAAGUGUUGUACUUAAACAAAAUCAUUAAAAGUGUUGAUGUUGAAUCAUUUUAUCCUACUUCAUUAGAAUUUUUACAAUGUUAUUCUAAUUCUUUACCAAUGAAAUUAUUAAUUACACAAUUAUUUAAAAACAUUGGAUUAAUUUCAUAUUCAACUUUACUUCCUUCUUCUUUGACUUCUUUAACUGUAUCAUGUUUUGGUUUAUCACAAAGUUAUAUAUCAUUUAGUGAAUUAAAUUGUAUUAAUGUUAAGCAACUUCACAUUGAAAAUUGUAAUACUCAUAAUGUAGAAUUACCAUCUUGUCUUGAUUCACUUUAUCUUCAUUAUUCUGAGUUUAAAAUAACCAAUCCAAGUAUAUUUUAUACUUUGAUUCUUAAUGAAAGUAAAAUUAAUGAAGAAAUGAUUCAAAAAGAAUUUAUAAAGAAUUUCUAUUGCAAAAGAUCAAAAGAAAGUGAGUUUAUUAACAUUGAAUGGUAUUUAUCACUUCCUCAAGUAAAAUUUUGUUAUUGUCAGAAAUAA